AUGUUCAGUUUUCAUUUGGCUGCUUUACAAUCUGAGUUAAUUCCAUACAAUAUGCGGUUCUCCACGCUAAUUGCUUUAGCACUGACUGUAGCCCUAGCGGUAUCACCGCGAUACUGCGAGGGUGCGCGCUUGCGGGGGUUGUCUUUAACUGAAGAGGAGGAAGAUUUUCAUCCAGAACGUACCUAUAGAGAGUAUGGGCUGCUUCGUAACCGCCCAGCAAGAUUCGACAAUUCCUUCGAUGACUAUGGACAUUUAAGAUUCGGUCGCUCUUACGAA